AUGGAAUUUUUGCCCAAAUGAUGCCAAAAACAUUCUGCCUACUGACGCCUUAAGUAGGACUCUAAUCUGAGUGUUACCUCCUCUGUUAGAACAACCUGUGCAGCCACUUGAUAAACCCCUUGGCCCCGUUAGGAUUAUGUAAAACAUCAGACAACAACCAGAAAUGUCAUUUUAACCAGAUGUUUUAUGAGUUGUGGUUAUUUUAGCGUGUAUUAUGUAGAAACAUCGUAAAACCUCCAUGUUGAAUUUAGUUUCAUGGGCGGACAGUUACUAUUAUUACUGAACACAAACUUGUUAUUACUGAUAAAAUAACACUUAACCCCACGGGCAGAAUAACCUCAGAGUUAUUUAACACAGCUUGACAUUUCCCAUCCCUCAUGAUAACUACACCAGGUGUUUGCACAUGUUGCAGUUGUCAGAGUUCCCAUGCAGUGAACUGUAUAUGAUGAUGUUUUUUUUCUGGAAUCGGUUCCCUCUUCUUCUUCUUCUUCUUCUUCUUCUACAGCAUCUUCUAUUGGUCAGUCCUCCUAAUCAGCUGUCAGUGAUGUUGACGUGGGGAGCGAACACACUUUAAAUCUGAGACGCCUCCCCGUCUGCAGACGUCCAAACCACUGUCGUGAUGCUGCUCCUCGCUUUACUUGUGCUGGUGGGCACCAAUGCUGCCCUCGGCUUCGAUGAUAAGAUCGUCGGUGGCUACGAGUGCAGGGAUCACUCCGUCCCCUGGCAGGUGUCGCUCAACAACGGCUGGCACUAUUGCGGAGGAACCCUGAUCAACGACCGCUGGGUCGUCACUGCUGCACACUGCUACAAGGGUGAGGAUAUUGAGCUGCGUCUGGGUGAGCACCACAUCGGCUACAAGGACGGCCCCGAGCAGUUCAUCGCUCCCGCUGUAAUCAUCCCCCACCCGGAGUACGACCGUUACACCAUCAACAAUGACAUCAUGCUGAUUAAACUUGCUGAGCCAGCAAAGAUUGAUAAGUACGUCCAGCCGGUCGCCCUGCCCAGCAGCUGUGCCCCCGCAGGAACCCAGUGUCUGGUCUCUGGAUGGGGAAACACCCAGAGCCCCUUUGGUUGUCUGAAAUGCCUGCACUGCCUGGACCUGCCCAUCCUGCCCCAGCUGGACUGUGAGCGCUCCUACCCCAACAGGAUCACCUCCUCCAUGUUCUGCGCCGGCUUCCUGGAGGGAGGAAAGGACUCCUGUCAGGGAGAUUCUGGUGGCCCUCUGGUGUGUAACAGGGAGCUCCAGGGUGUGGUGUCCUGGGGAUGGGGCUGUGCUGAAGAGAAUCGUCCCGGGGUUUACGCCAAGGUCUGCCAGUUUACUGACUGGAUCCACUCCACUAUGGCCUCUCACUGAAGUCCUUCUGUAGAGGAGAGAUCAGGAAAAACCUGUCUGUUCAGUUCAUGUCGACGCUCUUACUCCUGAUUAUAUGAGGACCAUACAGCUUUACUAACCACUUCAUGACGUCUUUCAUGACUGUUUGUGUUUGUUUUAACAAUGACAAUAAAAAAUCACCGUGAGUAC